AGAGGACGGAGAGAGGGAGGGCAAGGCAGGCAAGAAAACUUUUCACUUGAGGAGCUCCGGAGGAAGCGUGUGUGAGUGAGUGUGUGUAUGUGUGUGUAAAUGUGUUGGAGCGGCGACCAUGCAGGAGGAGUCCGGAGAGACGGUGUGCAGUGAGAGAAAUGGGGUGGCGAAGUGGGUGUGCCCCCUGUGCCAAAAAGGGCAACCUGACAGAUCUUCCAUGUCUCUACACCUCACUGAGCAACACAGCGUACUUCCAUCGUGUGUAGGCCGGCUGCUGGACAUCGUAAGUCUGGCUGUUUUAAAGCAGACCGCCAGAGAAGAGGACUCGGCUGCUCUGGAGUCUGCAGAUGCUGAAUCUUCACAACUGAAUCACACUGAAGACCCAACCUCAGACCCCUGCAAGUCCAGCGAGAGUUCAGACUUGGCUCAGACGCUCAGAGACGAAGAGAUGGAGGAGGAGAGUGUAAUGGAACAGGAGGGAGGUGAAGCCGAGCCCGUCCCCGAAGAGGAGGGAAACCCACACACCGAAGCCAAGCUGCAAAAUGCAACCGAGAACACAGAAACGAGCGAAAAGUCUGCCGACAAGAACUGCGCGCCGGCUGAAAAUGGCACGCAGUCGUUCAGCUGCAACGCUUGCCAAGAGAGUUUUUCCAGCAGAUCCACCUUGAGUGUUCAUUAUAACUCUGCCUCCCACGUCCAGAGGAUGACCUCAGGCUCUGCAAAACACGGUGCAGAAAGCAGUCCCCAGUCUCCCUCUGUUCAGCUCCUGUCUCGGCCGUACGUAUCAAGCAAACCCUACCAGUGUGCCGUUUGCCGAGUCUCCUACAAUCACGCCAUCACCCUCGAGAGCCAUAUGAAAUCAGUUUUACACCAGACUCGCAGCAGAAAUGCUGGAAUGGCUGUGAAAAGUGCCGCCAAUUACAGACGUGGUGCCACCAUCGCCCCAAGACCUGCAGCAGCGACUACUGAAACCAGAACGGGGUCGUUGGUUACCCCCAGCAGCUGCACCACAUCUGGAUCGGUGAUGACUGCGGCAAAAGACAAAGAGCAGAUCACAACCUCACAAGUGACUCCCCCCCUCCUCACCUCCUCGGUGGCCUCAACUCAGGCAGUCUCAGCCUUUCUCACCCUUUCCCAUUCCCUCCUCCCGUCCCUGUUCGCAGCGAGCGCUGCUCCCGGUGCCACCGCGCCUCAGCUCGUGCCUCAGCCUCACAUGGUCAUGCCCUUGAUUUUAAACGGGCUCCAAGCCCAAACUCAGCAGCAUCAAGACAACCAGCAAGGCCAGGUCCUCACCCAGUGUUUGCCGUUUGUAGGCCUGAGCCCAGCCCAGCAGGCCCUCCUAACCCAAAGACUUAACAGUUUGCAAAACCAGUGGCCCUCGUCGGUUGUUCCAGCUCACAUAAGGACCCCUCAGGAAGAGCAAAAACAAACUCUGAAAUGUGAGGGGGAACAAGAGAAGCAGGGCGGCGAGGAGACAAGCUCAGAACAAAUCAAGGAUAUGAAUAACUGGACCUCAGAGAAGGAAGAGAUGCCUAAAGGAGAAAACUUCAGCAAAGAGAAGGUUGAAAUUAAUGAAGACGAUGAGAAGGAUCAAGAUGGUGGAACAAGUGAAGGCGUCACUACAAAGCAGCAGGGCCCAGAAGAUGAUAAAGAAGCUUGUCUGAAACUCUCCCCUCGCAAGAACAGCUCGUCGCCUUCGGCGUCCGUGCCUAGCCACUCCAGCCUCAGUCCUGUCAAUUUAGACCUAACCCUCAGCCCCGAUUCUACUCCUCAGAAAACUGGCACCAGCCCCAGCGGUUCCCCCAAAUCUAGCACAAGUACGAAUGCCUUAACUACUAACCAAACCCGUCUCCGCUAUAAUGCAGUGGGAUCUGACUAUCCAGACUUCCCGGUGCUGUCGGAGUUCCAGUCGGAGGUUCUCUGGGCGUUCUUGGAGUCUCGUAGUGAGGCAGAUGCUGCCAGCCCUGCUUACGAGGACUGCGAAGCUCUGGGUAAGGAGGUGGGUCUUUCAGAGGAGGAGGUGCGCAGGUGGUUAGCUCAGGCCCGGCAAGUCAAGCAGAGACAGCGAGAGUUAAAAUCCCUGUCAGAAAGACACAUUCAUGAGUCCGAUGAUGACUAUGAUGAUGAGGAAAGUUCACUGAUUAUAGCUGAAGGUGAUGAUGAUGAGGCUGAGGCUUCGGGUAGUCAGGUGAUAGACUUGUCCUGCGCAAAAGGAAAACGCAAACGAAGAGCUGCAGGGAAAGGAGGUCUUGGAGAGUCUGUUCUCACGUCAGACUCAGAAAACGAAGUGUAUACUUCCAUCAUUGUUUCCGAUGAGGAGAGUCGGAAUAAGUCGUUCCGGGAGAGCCCCCAAAGUCCGGCUAAAGAUGAAGUGCAGCAGGAGGUUCAUGGAGACAAGGGCUCAGCUGGAGGAAAGGUUUUACGCUCCACAACAGUGUUCCUCUCAGACGCAGAGGAAGAGUACGAAGAUGACGAGAGCGGAGGAGGACAGCGGGCUAAAAGGAAAAAACGGAAGGGAGAUUUUGAGCGUGACGAGGUCAAUGUGAAGAAGGAAAGACAGGACCCGGAUGUGGAUCUAGAGCUGGAGGCUCAGGGGGACCCUCCAAGUUCACAGAGCUACAUGAUGGACCACACAGAGAUUCCAGCUGGUGCUCUACACUCUCUUCCUCUGUCCCUCGCUCCCUUUUCCCCCCAUUUUCUCAGCCCUUAUGUUCUGUCCCUCACUCCUUCAGUGAUGGGAGAUGGGAGCAAAAUCUCGGUCUUUCCCAACGCUCCUACUAUUGCGCGCUUCUCAAACUCGCUGCUCUCGCAGUCUCUGUCAACUUCUCACUACCUGUUCAACGGCGAUGACUGCGAGGCUGCUCUAGACCUCAGCAUGGGGAAAAACUCCAAAACGUCAUCGUCUUCCUCCUCCCCGUCUCUCGCCGAUAAGAUCGCCGUACAAAAAGGGCAGCUGCUGGACGGACUUGGCCUGCGACCAACAUCCAAGGGUUUGGUGGUUGUCCAGGUCAAACCAGAGCCCCCAUCCAACAGCCCUCUGAGUCUGGUCAACUGCAGAAACAUGACAAACUCUAACGUUUUUGCCAGCGCACAAGACAAAAUGAGUGGCACGCCAUUCGAGAAGGAGCGGGAGCAGCAGCAGAGGAAGUCCAAAGGAAAACGGUACAUGCGAGACAUGCGUCGCUCGAGGACCAUCAUUCAAGCAGAGCAGCUUGAUGUUCUGUAUGGUUGCUACUUUAAAGACCCAAAUCCCGGCAAACACGAGUUUGAGCAGAUAUCCGAGUGGGUCCACCUCCCAAAAAAGGUUGUCCAGAUCUGGUUCCAAAACAUGAGGGCGAGGGAGAGGAAAGGCGAGGUCCGAUUCAUCAGUGAUGGGACUCUGGCGGCGGUUGGCAAACCCCUCAUCAAGUUCACUUGGCCCCUUUCCAAGCCCAUAUUCUCCAACAAGCCUGCUCAGAACAGCCCCGGGGCCGUCACAUCUGCACCGAUCGUACGUACCCUCAUGAAGACGACCCAGGAGCCUGAGAAGGAGCUGAGUAAACCGGUCAUGCUGAAAAAGAUCACUCCUGUUCCCAUCAAGCCCAAAGAGGUGGUUUCCUGUACCACGGUAUCUCCAGUGAGCAGCACUGCUUCUGCGGUGCCAAAGACCAAGCUUGAACCUUCCAGCAAUGUUUCGAUGGUGAAAGUUGCCCCCAUCGUCAAUACCCCUGUACUUUUGGCACCCCCAAAGGAUCCGAUCCCAGUCACCCCACGAAUGGCUCAGAAGCAGACAGAAGAGGAGAGUGAGGAUGAAAAGACUGAUGAGGACAAGGAUGAUGAAAACGAAAUGGCGUCCAGACCUGGAAUGGUGAAUCGGAUGGUGCCGAAGCUCCCCACAACUCCAAUCAACAACCGGCUCUCUGCCACAACCGUGGUGCCCCAAAAACAGAACGGGCUCAACUACUGGACCCCUAAAGCUCCCAUAAAAAUCAACACCUUAUCAAGAGAACAGCUGGCUCUCCCAGCGCACACGACACCCCGCACCAUCCCGCCCCCUCCCACCCCCAGCAUUGCACCGGUCAGUCCAAAUACUCCCGGCUCUGCAAAGCCGGCCUGCCCGAGCACCCCGGUUAUGCCCAAACCCCGUUCGACGGAAAGCAGCUUCUUGUCGAACUCAUCCAGUCGCCGGCCGCGCACUCACCUGUCCUGCCUGCAGCUGUCCAUCCUGCAGUCUUGCUACGAGACCUGCGCCCACCCCAACGCCUUGGAGUGUGAGGCCAUCGGCAAUGAGCUCAACCUGCCGCUGAAGGUGGUGCAGAUCUGGUUCCAGAACACCAGGGCCAAGGAGAAACGCUGGAGACUUCAGCAGGAGAAAAUGUCUCCUCUGUUGGGAGGGAAGGUGGACACCAGCUCAGGAAGCUACCUUCAGUACAGCGCUCUCAAAGCCAAUCGACCCAUCCUGCCCAAGCCCGUUCAGCUAACGAUCACUGACCCUCCGGCCUCUCCAACGCCGGGCCAAUCGGUGCAGAAGGAGACCCUGACGGGCCACUGCGACGCCUGCAACGUCUCGUUCGAGUCGCGGGCCGCCGCCAGAGCCCACGUCUUCUCCCCUCGCCACUUGGCCACCCUGAGAACCACUAACUUUGGGCAGCCUAUGUCCCUCACCAACAAGAACGGCUCGCAGGCGUCUCUUCCUGCCGCCGGAGCCAGCUCCGAGGGGGAGGUCGUUGUCGAGCUGCCUCCCUCCACGGCCACCAGCAAAAGUUAGACUCGGAUCAUGAAUGGUCUGCACAUUGACACUUGUUGGACCCGUUUGGGCUCCGCAAAUUUUAAUGAACACAUUUGAGCACUAACCCUCUAAAAGGUAAUAAUCUUUGCUAUGAUGUUGGCUCCUCCCACUACCAUGUGCUCCACCCUCACCUGCCUUGAUAUCUAAUUAUCUAGAGAUUUCACCUGGAAUCAAAUACACGAGCAGACUCUUUUCACGCUGCUUGUCACUUACCAAGCGAUGAAAGAUCCCCCUCGACCCAUUUUAUCCCAGCGUUUUUGGUCUUGACCCUGUGGCUAUGUAUGAACUAACUUCCUAUAAUUUGUACAAGUUGCUGUGCUUGAGCUGAGGAAGACUGAUGCAAGUGUUUCCUUUUUGGAAACAUUUUAUUUUUUUGUUCUUUGGGAUAAUACCAUGAAAUACUCGUAGAUAACUCGUUUUCCCGCUGAACUGUUUUUUUUUUUUUUUUUUUUUUCUAGGGCAAAAAUUGCUUGAAAUCUAAUAACUGGACUGAACUAUGGGGAGAGGAAAAGCCUGCGUUAGCUGUUAGGUAAUUAAAAAAAAAAAAACUUUCAGUUUUGGGUUUGCUGCAGAAGUGUGUGAUCUGAAGCGUGUCUUUUCAUUUUGGGAUAUAAAAGAGGUACUAUAGAGAGAAUAGGGCUGUUGAAUUGUCCACAUUUACAUAGUUUCAUGACAAUCUAAAAGACAAAAAAAAAACGCGCUAAAAGGGUUUUAGUAAAGUAGAAUUUUUGGCAUACCGCACUUUGACAUUUUACAUUGUUUGAGAUGUUUUUAAGCAUUCUUAUGCAGGUGUCUUUUUAUGGAAAGAUGCACUAACGCAUGUUGGAUGUCUUAAUAUGAACCACGUGAAAUAAAUUUGAGUGCUUUAGGCGCGAGCGAGCUAUACAAGAAUUUGACCUGAGUGUAUAAUCGAAGAGCUUUCCCCCCCUAGAUUGCAUACAUUUACGGGGUUUAUAUCUCUGAAUGUCUUAUAACUUUAAAAAAUCUGCCUGUAAAAAUUGCCAGCAUUCUCUAAGGCCAAGGACUAUAAACUAUUCUGAUUUUACUUUCAAUUUCUCUUCUCCCAAAUGUACGUCUGUUAGGAAUGUGGCUCUUCGGAUAAAUAAUUUUACACCUCCCUGCCUCGUCGGUUUGUUUGGAAAUAAGACGGUCUUAAGAGGGGACACCCUCAUGUAUUUGUAAAUUAAAUCGAUUUUAGCACUGAAGGUCAAACAAAUAGUUUUAUUUACGAGCGUUUAUAUUAGAACUACAACCGUCUGGCUUAACAGGGUUUUUAUUUAGGUCGAAAGCUGAUUCUUAACCAUUUUGUUCCCCCCGUUUUUUAAUUUAAAUGAUGUGAUUCCGGUCGUGUAUGUGCUGUGAAACGAGAGCUGGAAACCACGACGAGGGAGACAGUUGGGAAUUACCAGUAUCCACUAGAGACUACUCAAAUCUAGGAAGUAAAUUUAGGAAAAUGAGAGCUAAUAAGAUGGUGCUGUGUUGAAGGACGCAUAACAAACUAAAGAUGUUUUCCUUCGGUUUAAGUUGUAUAUUAAUAAUACUAUUAAUAGUUUUAAUGAAAUGCAAAUCUAAAACUUUUGUAAAGAAUUAUAUUAAAAGAAUAACUGAUAUUCCAAAGUAAUCCGCCCUUCGCUUUCUGUCAUUUAAAAAAAAUAAAAAUACCAAAAAGCAAUCUUUAGGUCGACAGAGAGCAGGAGAGGCGACGAUGCAAACUGUAAAGGACGUCCCACGACUUUGACUCUUGCACUAGUCCACAAAGUGUUUUGCACGAGCUACAGGCGCAAACGUCACAGCUGAUUUCGGUUUGAAAAUGGUCCUUUUUCAAGUAAUUUGUUGGGAACUGUAUCUUGUGUAAAGCGAGGACUAGUGCGCUCAAAUCUGGGAUUAUUACACACACUUACACACACAGACACGGUGUUGCACUGUCCAAACUAGACAUGUUUUUAUGGAGAUCUGCUUUUUAUUCCUGUUUGUUUCAUUGUCACUUUGAUUAUCACUAUUGUUAUAACUGUACUACUACUUAUACGAUUUAUUAUUGCUACUCCUCACUGUUUUUUGAUUAUUAUUGGUUUUAAAUGCCACCUCUGUGCUCCAAAAAGAGUAUGGUAUUCCUCUUAAUAUUGAACAAUAAUAGUGGCAGUGUUGUUACAAAUUGUUAGAUCUAUGAUUAAGCUUUUUAUUUUAUUUUGUUUCCCACUUUUCUUCUCCCCACUUGUACCCGCCUUUGUGUUUGGUCUCCAUUAAUGCUUUCUUUGAUAUACAAAAAAAGAAAUAAAAACCAGUUGAA